AUGACAUUGCAAUACAUUAUUUGUAUGAACAGACAGGGCAAAGUGCGGUUGGCGAAAUGGUAUGCUGACUAUUCAAAUGAAGAAAAAUACAGACUUAAUGCUGAUGUUCACAAAUUGAUCUCUUCAAGAGACCAGAAGCACCAGAGUAACUUUGUGGAGUUCCAAAAUAAUAAGCUGGUAUAUAAGAGAUAUGCUGGAUUAUAUUUCAUAGCUGGUAUUGAUCUACUGGAUAAUGAACUGAUAUACCUGUCAUCUAUACACUUGUUUGUUGAAGUGCUGGAUUCUUAUUUUGAAAACGUUUGUGAAUUGGACUUGGUGUUUAAUUUCUACAAGAUUUAUUCAGUUCUAGACGAGAUGUUCUUAGCUGGAGAAAUACAGGAGACGUCCAAGACGGUUAUUUUGAAUAGGUUACAACAUGUUGAUGCCCUUGAAUGA